AAAAGUAUAUAUACACUGGUGUUGUAGAUCUUAUACCAUUCUCAUUCCUCAGAGAAUACAUUAGAGAAUAUUUCCAUGUUGAAAAUUGUUGGAUAACUUCAGUCAUUCCUGUAAAUCAGAACCAAGCUUUUUUACUCUCUCAUUUAACCUUAACUCAAAUGAUAAAUUUUGCCCACGUGUAAAUAUGUGUGUUUGUGUGCACGUGUGCAUGCGUGUGUGUGUGUUUGUUUCAGGGGCCGUUGACAUUUAGGGAUGUGGCCAUAGAAUUCUGUCUGGAGGAGUGGCAAUGCCUGGACACUGCUCAGCAAGAUUUGUAUAGGAAAGUGAUGUUAGAGAACUACAGAAACCUGGUCUUGGGUAUUGCUGUCUCUAAGCCAAAUCUGAUCACCUGUCUGGAGCAAGGAAAAGAUCCCUGGAAUAUGAAGAGACACAAUAUGGUAGUGAAACCCCCAGUUAUAUGUUCUCAUUUUGCUGAAGACCUUUGCCCAGGGCCAGGCAUUAAAGAUUCUUUUCAAAAAGUGAUACUGAGAGAAUAUGUAAAAUGUGGACACAAGGAUUUACAGUUAAGAAAAGACUGUAAAAGUGUGAAUGAGUGUAAGGUGCACAAAGAAGGUUAUAAUGAACUAAACCUGUGUUUGACAACUACCCAGAGAAAAAUAUUUCAAUGUGAUAAAUAUGUGAAAGUCUUCCACAAAUUUUUAAAUUCAAAUAGACAUAACACAAAACAUACUAGAAAGAAACUUUUCAAAUGUAAAAAAUGUGGCAAGUCAUUUUGCAUGCUUUUACACGUAUGUCAGCAUAAAAGAAUUCAUAUUAGAGAGAAUUCUUACCAAUGUGAAGAAUGUGGCAAAGCGUUUAUCUGGUUCUCAGCCCUUACUAGACACAGGAGGGUUCAUACUGGAAAGAAAUCCUACAAAUAUGAAGAAUGUGGCAAAGCUUUUAACCAGGACUCAAACCGUACUACACAUAAGAGAAUUCAUACUGGACAGAAAUCCUACAAAUGUGAAGAAUGUGGCACAGCUUUCUACCAAUUCUCACACCUUACUAGGCAUAAGUUAAUUCAUACUGGAGAGAAACCCUACACAUGUGAAGAAUGUGGCAAAGCUUUUAACCGAUCUUCAACCCUUACUAGACAUAAGAUAAUUCAUACUGGAGAAAAACCCUAUAAAUGUGAAGAAUGUGGCAAAGCCUUUAGUGUUUUUUCAACCCUUACCAAACAUAAGAUAAUUGACACUGAAGAGAAACCCCACAGAUGUGAAGAAUAUGGCAAAGCUUAUAAGGAGUCCUCACACCUUACUACACAUAAAAGAAUUAAUACUGGAGAGAAACCAUACAAAUGUGAAGAAUGUGGCAAAACCUUUAGUAUAGUCUCAAUCCUUACUAAACAUAAGAUACUUCAUACAGAAGAGAAACCUUACAAAUGUGAAGAAUGUGGCAAAGCUUUUAAACGAUCUUCAACACUUACUAACCAUAAGAUAAUUCAUACUGAAGAGAAACCCUACAAAUGUGAAGAAUAUGGCAAAGCUUAUAAGGAGUCCUCACACCUUACUACACAUAAAAGAAUUAAUACUGGAGAGAAACCAUACAAAUGUGAAGAAUGUGGCAAAACCUUUAGUAUAGUCUCAAUCCUUGCUAAACAUAAGAUACUUCAUACAGAAGAGAAACCUUACAAAUGUGAAGAAUGUGGCAAAGCUUUUAAACGAUCUUCAACACUUACUAACCAUAAGAUAAUUCAUACUGAAGAGAAACCCUACAAAUGUGAAGAAUGUGGUAAAGCUUUUAAACAAUCUUCAACCCUUACUAUACAUAAAACAAUUCAUACUGGAGAAAAACCCUACAAAUGUGAAGAAUGUGGCAAAGCUUUUAAUCGGUCCUCACACCUUACUACACAUAAGAAAAUUAAUACUGGACAGAAACCCUACAAAUGUAAAGAAUGUGGCAAAUCCUUUAGUGAAUUCUCAACACUUAGUAAACAUAAGAUAAUUCAUACUGAAGAGAAACCCUACAAAUGUGAAGAAUGUGGCAAAACUUUUAACCGAUCUUCAAUCCUUAGUAUACAUAAGAAAAUUCAUACUGGAGAAAAACCCUACAAGUGUGAAGAAUGUGGCAAAGCUUUUAAGCAGUCCUUACACCUCGCUGGGCAUAAGCAUGUUCAUAGUGGACAGAAACACUUAUAAAUGUGAACAGUGUGGCAAAGCUUUUAGGCGGUCUUCACAUCUUAGUAGACAUAAGAUAAUUCAUAUUGGAAUUCAUACUGAAGAGAUUCUACAAAUGUGAAGAAUGUGGCAAAAGCCUCUUCCCUUACUAAAGAAUGUGGCAAAGCUUUUAAUCAGAACUUAAUCCUUACUACACAUAAGAUAAUUCAUGCUGGAGAGAAACCAUACAAAUGUGAAGAAUGUGGCAAAGAUUUCUAUUGAUUCUUAUACCUUACUAAAUAUAAUUCAUAUUGGAGAGAAAUUCUACAGAUGUGAAGAAUGUGGCAAAGGAUUUAAUUAGUUCUCAUCCCUUACUAAACAAGAGAACUCAUAUAGAGAAAUCGUACAAAUGUGAAGAAUGUGACAAAGCUUUUAACCACUUCUCAACCCCGCCUACAUAUAAGAUAAUUCAUGCUGGAAGGAAACCCUACAAAUAUGAAGAAUGUCUCAAAGCUUUUUACUGAUUCUUAUACCUUACUAAACAUAAAAUAAUUCAUAAAGGAGAGAAAUUACACAAAUGUGAAGAAUGUGGCAAAGCUUUUAACAAAUCCUCGUCCAUUUCUAAACAUAAGAUAAUUCAUACUGAAGAGAAAACCUACAAACGUGAGGAAUGUGGCAAAGCCUGUCCAACUUACUGCACAUAAGAUAGUUUAUACUUGAGAGAAGCCCUACAAAUGUGAAAAAUGUGGCAAACCUUUUAACCAAUCCUCAACCCUUGCUACACAUUAGAUAAUUCAUGCUGGAGAGAAGCCCUACAAAUGUGAAAAAUGUGGCAAACCUUUUAACUAAUCCUCAACGCUUGUUACACAUUAGAUAAUUCAUGCUGGAGAAAAACCCUACAAAUGUGAAAAAUGUGGCAAAGCUUUUAACCAAUUUUCAAACCUUACUAAACAUAAGAUAACUAAUACUGGAGAAAAAUCUUAGAAAUGUGAAGAAUGUGGUAAAGCCUUUAUCCAGUCCUCAGCUCCUACUAAAAAUA